AUGUCUGCGCCCAAGGGAAUCUCGGAGAAAGACGUCAAGUCAUAUUCCCGCCAAGAUGAAGAAAACAACAUCAGCGUUUCCGCUGCCGAGAUGUACACGGUCAGCCGCGGCCGGGGAGAGCUUCAGAUCGAUGAUCUGCGGAAUCGCAUCCCCAUCUUGAAGCAGCUGAACCAAGCUGAGGCCUGGAUGGAUAGAAAGUUCGGCGUCGAGACAACCGGCGCGGACCGAGUUCUCGAGGACGAACGAGACCCACCAAACGUUCUGAAUAUGAUGCUGUUAUGGUGGUCGAUGUUGAUAUCCCCCGGCAACCUGACCAUGGGAAUCCUCGGACCCAUUCUGGGCCUCUCUGUCUACGACUCAAUUGUGAUCAGCAUCUUCGCUAACAUCCUGGGCUCGAUGAUCCCUUCCUUUACGGCCACACUGUGCCCUGGCACCGGGCUCCGGCAGAUUGCUGUCUGUCGAUAUGCUUUUGGCAUCUGGGGCUCCAAGUUUUGCGGCCUGUUGAAUGCGGUUAUCAAUGUUGGUUUUGGCACGAUCAACUGCAUUGUCGCCGGCCAGUUGAUCAGGGCUGUCAGUGGAGGGCAUGUUACGAUGGUCGCCGGCAUCGUAAUUGUUGCUGUUGGCUCCUACAUCAUCUCCUUCUUCGGCUUCAAGGUCGUGCACCGAUACGAACAGGUAGCCUGGGUCUUGAUUCUCAUCUUCAUGUGUAUCCAGUAUGGCCAGUCGUCAAGGUACUGGUCCCAAACGCCGAAUGUGUCCCAGGUAUCUGGCAUCGACAGGGCCGGCGCCGCACUCAGCUAUUUCGCCAUAAUCUUUGGCGAGUCGGCCGCUUGGUGCAGCAUGUCCGGCGACUACUACGUGCACUACCCUGCCGAUGUAAGCAGAUGGCUUGUCUUUGGAAUGACCAUGGCUGGACUGGUUGUACCGAGUAUCUUCGGCUUUGUGCUGGGCAACUUGUACGGGGGCAUCAUUCUCACCGACCAGCGUCUGUCCGGCAUAUACGAUGAACAGGGUAUUGGCGGCCUGAUCCUAUAUACCAUGCAUCCGAUGGCUUGGAGCAAGUUUGUCUGCGUCCUAUACGCCCUGUCAUUCAUGGGCAAUGUCACGGCCAUCUACUAUUCCUCCUCCCUUUCGCUGCAACUCUGGGGACGAUACUUCAUGGCAAUCCCCCGCUUUGUCUGGAAUACACUGCUGGCCGCGAUCAGUCUUGGGCUCGCUUGGGGCGGGCGCAACUCUCUCGAGGACAUAAUCGGCGACUUCCUUGACCUUCUCGGCUACUGGACGAUCUGCUUCGGUAUGAUAUUGGCCAUUGAGCAUUUCUAUUUCCGUCCGCGGAUCGGCGGAUACGACCUUGAGGGCUGGCAGGACUCUGACCGGGUGCCUCUGGGUAUUGCCGGCUGCUUCACGUUGGCUUUGGGCAUUGGUGUUAGCUUUAUCGGCAUGAACCAGACCUGGUUUACUGGCCCCGCAGCCAAGGCAAUUGGGAAGGGCGGCGGUGACGUUGGCGACUAUAUCACUUUAGUUGCUGUCACCAUCUCCUACCCUAUUACCCGGCAUUUGGAGAUCAGGUACACUGGCAGAUGA